GACACGAAAUAUACGAUACUGUACUUCAGUAUCUGAACUCAAUUUCAUUAUUCAUGAAAACUUUUCAAUAAUCUAGUACAUAAUUGGAUAAUUAAGCUACAACUUCCUAAAACUGUGAAAGUGCCGUUCUAAUAUUAUUAACUACGUUCGUACGGUAUCCAGACCUACUAUACCUACAGACUUAUGGAAUCAACCUGCGAUAUCAACAAUGAGAUGAUAAAAAUGAGAAAGGAAAUCAAACGAGGGAAGAUAUGGGCAAUUACAAAACUUGUUCGGAAUGUUCGUAAUCUUCGCAAUAAAAAGGGAAAUGAGAUGCAAUUGUCAAAAAACAAAAGAAGAGCUGAAAGACUAAUUGAAGAAAUUGACGUUAUCAAGGAUCUGAAGCCUGACGAUGUAUUUAAAGCACUUUUGAACUCUGAUUCAAAAUCAUGUCCGCAGUCUUUAAUGAAUUCUGAUUUACCGCUGACGCAAAGGGCAAUUAUUCGGAUUGGUUCUGCAACUUUUAUUCAAACCAGAAUGUCUGAUAUCAAGAAUAAAGUAUCCACUUUCAAUCUUGAAAGAACCAACAAACCACUAUCUAAAACGAUUGAAGAAUGUGAACCACCAUUAAAUGAUGUUGGAGAUGUGAAGCAAGAUAACGAACUACAAAUGAGAUUAGAAACAGCGACAAAGAACUUGAUGCAGAAAAAGCCACUUCCAAAGAAACAAAAGCCAAAUCAAUUCCACGCAUUACAAACUGACAAUUUAAAAAUUGAUGAAAUUUCUAGUAAUCUCAUGCCAGAAGAAAACAAUAGUACUGAGGAUGGCGAUAGUAUGGAAGGUGAUAUUAUUUCGGACGAUGAAGAAGAAGAGAGAGAAGCUUCUAAUGAUGAUACUCCCUACCAAAGUGAUGAUGAUGUUGCAGUAACAAAAGAAGACGCAAGCCCUAUGGUGGUGGAAGAGCGAAUAAUUGGAACAACAGCUGAAGGAUAUCAGAUUGUAUUACCAUUACUUCCUACAACACAUGACAAAUCAGUAUCUCAAGAAGCCAACAAAAAAAAUUUCAAUGACAUUGCUGAAGGGGCUGAGGAUGUCACAGAUGUUUUGACAAACAUAGGAGAAAACUUUCAUUCUGAUGAUGACGCUUCUGACAGUGAUAUAGAGUAUGAGGAUUUGGCAGAAUUAGCUUUGAAAUCGAAACAGAAUUUGAAUAAAGAUGCUGAAAAUAAAGAGGAUAUGUUUUUUAUGGAUGCAAAAGGUUCAUCUGAUAAAAAGUUCCAACGUAUUGUUAGCAAAUCCAACAAAUCUGAAUCAUCUGAUGAUGAGGAAUUAAGACAAGUCAAGUCUUGCUUUGUUGAAAGCUUAGCAAGUGUGUCACAUCAACGUACUAAAGGUAAAAACAGAAUGAGUCAAAGAGCAAGAAAAAGAUUACAUUCAAAAAAGAAGACUAGCGAACACAGCAACAAUAAUGACUCGAAAAAAUCGAAUUCAACUAAUAAAUCUGGAAAAAUGCAAAACAACCCGAAAACUGAGACUUCUCUGAAAACUAGUGAACUGCAACCAUUCCAUCCAUCAUGGGAAGCAAGUAGAAAGAGAAAGGAACAACAAUCUGUGAUAAAACAAUUUAAAGGAAAACGUGUUUGUUUUGAUGAUAGUGAUUAAUAAAUAUCUGAAUAUUUUCUCCCAGACUAUCUUUGGAUAAUGAAACAGUGAGUGAUUUGGCAGGCAAUUUUGCACCAAGAUGGCACACAACCUGAACAUUGUAUGUGUGUACCGGUUAGGAUUCAGGUUGUGCGACAUCUUGGUGGGCAUACUUCUGGAGCACCCAAUUUUGUACCAAAGAAUUGGUUAUGUUUUUGUUUUGUUUCCGCUUUUAUAAAGUUCCAUAGGCGAGCAAAACCACUAUAUUAUGUGGAUGUUGAGUUGGUCUAUUUUGUAACUGCUUUGGCUUUUCCUCUGACGUUUCGAACUCAACAUUCUUGUAUAAAGUUAACGGAAUGUGAAAAGGGCUCAACUGUGGAAGUCGAAUUCCCUUUGCGUUAUUGAUGGCUAGACUAGUAUGUGUCAUAAUCAUUCGACUGGAUUUAAAUGUUUUCGCUUUCGUUAGUCGGGGUGUUUACCACAACUAUCUGCUCCAGUAGACAUUAAGGUCAUCCGUCUCAAUCAGGUCACGGGGUUGAGUUACAAAAAUGCAAUAAUAUAUGACAGAAAAGCUC